AUGACGAAGUGCAAGGCGCUCCUUGGGGCUACCCACCUCAAGUUUGUAUUCCCCAUUCAGAUCAAAGCCAAGUCGGAUUCCGACAUGACCACCGCCAUGCCGUACAUUCUAACCGGGUUCAAACUGCUAAAGGGACUGAGUCCUGCCGCGAGUCGGAUGAAAGCGCUGGGAUUGCCAUCCUUAGAUGCAGAGUUGCUGACGAACGUUCAGAGCAAGAUCGACACGGACAAGCAAACGUCGAGCCAGAUCCACCACCACAUCCGUUCGUGCCACAUCCUGACGACUUCAAACGACACGGAAAAAGAAAAGGUAGAAAAGGUAGAAAAGGUCUAG